AUGAAUAAAGAGAUAGUUGCACAAUUAUUACAAGCAACAUUAUCAAGUGAUCAUACUAGAGUACAAGCAGAAUCUCAAGUACAAUUAUUAACAAGAGAAAAAGGUUUCUCAUCGAUUUUAUUAGAAAUCUUUGGCGAUCAAUCAAUUGAUAAAUCAAUAAGAAACCUUUCAAUAGUAUUAUUUAAAAAUAUAAUUACAAAUAAUUGGAGAAGAAAAGAUAAUACUUUAUUUUCAGAGGAAGAAAAACAAGAUUAUAGAAAUAGAGUAUUGUUAUUAUUAAAUAAUCCAAAUGAAACAUGUAAAAAUGGAGUUGAUAUAUUAGCAGGAGUAAUUGGUACAAUGGCUAGAGUUGAUUUUCCUUCAAAUUGGCCAAACCUUUUAACAAAUUUAUUAGAAUUAUUUGAAAAAUCAUCAAGUGAACAAAUUAAAAUUGUAUCUCUAAAAACUAUUAAAUUUGUUGUUAAAGAAUUAGCUUCAAGAAGAUUUGUUAUUGAUAGAACUUUCUUUAGUCAAUUUUCAAAUACAAUAUUUAAUUAUUUUAUUCAAAUUUGGAGAAGUGGUGUUAAAAGAUUAAUAGAAUUAAUGAUAGAAGGUGGUAAUUUAGCACAACAUGAAUCAUUUUUUAUAUUGGUAUAUUAUGUAUCUAAAAUUUUAAGAAGAGUUGUUGAAUAUGGUUAUACAGAUUAUCAAAAUUCACCAGAGAUUUGUCAAUACUUUUCAGAUAUAUUUACAGGUUUACCAGAGAUUUUAAAACUUAGAACAAGAGUUACAAAUCCAAAAAUAUUAGAAUUAGUUGAUAAAUUUAUAUAUAUUAAUCAAAAAACAAUUAUUAAAUCACAACUUCAAAACCCAUUAACAUUUAUAAAUUUAUUAUUACCAAGUUUAAGAUUUUUUGCUGGUCAAUGUUUAUAUUAUAAUCCACAUGAUGAAUUAAAGAUUGAAUGGAAUACGACAGAGGAUUAUCAAUCAGUGAUGACACAAAGUUUAAACUUUUUAAAGCAGGUAAUUGAUUGUUCAUCGUAUCAAGGUGAUUAUUUAGAUUCAGAGACAGAUGAGAAGCAGAGUAUUAGUAAUUUAGCAAUAAAAUCAGGUGGAAAGAUAAAUGGUAAUGGAUCGAUUCAAAUUGCACAACAAACUAUUAAACAAUUCUUUAAUAAAGAGUUGUUAAGUGAAUUGUUGAAGGCAUUGGUAUCACAUUAUUUAAUUAUAAAUAGAGAAGAGGUUGAAAGAUGGGAAGAUUCACCCGAGGAGUAUAUUCAAGAGUUACAAGUCAACGAUUCAGUAUACGAAUUGAAACCAUCGGCUUACAAUCUAUUCAUACUCUUGAUGAGACAUUUCCACCAAGAUUCAGUGUCGAUCGUCGUGUCAAUGUUGGAGUUUGUGACAUCACCAUCGUUCAAUACAGAGUUAACCAGCGAGAAGAUUUGUCUAAAGGAGGCAUGUUAUAUGACCAUUGGGUUGGGGUACCAUGAUCUAAUGGAUAUUGUAAACUUUUCACAAGUGUUUAUAUCGAUUUUCGUACCAGAGUUACAUAGUGCAGAUGAAAGAUUUAAGAUUAUUAAACGUCGUAUCCUUUGGUUGGUCAGUUAUUGGGUGGGUAAAAUACCCGAUCAAUAUAAAGAGAGUGUUGUUAAACUUUUAUUAGAGUUUUUAAAGAAUUCCGAUAUUGUUAUCGCCUUGACAGCAUUGGACGCGUUGAAGGCCUAUAUCGAUGAUUUCAAUUUCGAUCAUCAUUCCUACCAACCUUAUCUAAAAGAAACCUUGGAAUCUGUAAUUGGUUUAUUCUCAAGAUCCACUAACGAAACCACAAAAUCAAAUUUACUCUCUGCUUUAGCCUCGAUUUUCGUUAAAUUCAAUGAAAGCAUCAAACCAUUCUCAACAGUGAUCUUACAAUUGUUUCAACAUCUUUGGAAUGGCGGUAAGGAACAACCAAUUGUAAAGAGUGCAGUGUUACGUUCAUUUGCAUUCUUUUUACAAGCUUUAAAUAGUGAUCCUGCUGAUUUCUACUCUUUACUCUUCCCAAUCAUUGAGUUUUCAAUCUCUCAAGAAGAUGAGAAAGUUUACCUCUUGGAGGAUGGUUUGGAGCUUUGGUAUAGAACCAUGGUGUUGGUACCAACUUUAUCACAACCUCAACAACCAUUGAUUCAAAUGUUUAAACAUUGGUUUACAAUCAUUGCUCAGUCAUUGGAGAAUUCAGAAAUUUGUUUCAAAAUUUUGGAUACUUAUUUAUUAUUGGGUCAAAUUGAUUUCCUCAAAAUUUAUGGUGCUGAAUUAUCCUCAACCCUAUACGAUAUCAUUGGUGAUCUAGGUGAAGAAUACACUGAACUCAUAGUAAGUGCAAUAAUGAGAAUCAUUCAAGUCGUACCAAAUCCUCAAGAUUCUAUAACACUCUUAAUUGAACAAUGUUUAUUCAAAAUUUUAUCAUUAAUCAUUAGUCGUAAAGAAACGAGUACUUUGGUAUUAAUUGAAUACUUUUCAAUAUUUUCAAGAAUUAUGACAAUGAAUCCUUUAUCAUUCUUUCAAUUAUUUGAUCGUUAUCCAUUGGAGUUAUUAGAUAAAGAUGGUGAAUAUUAUGAUCCUUCAAAUUUUAAUAAUGAUAACAAUGAUGAUGAUGACGAUGACGAUGAUGGUCAAAGUAAAAUUAAAGAAAUGCCACAAAAUAAAUCUCAACUUUUACAACAAUUCUUUGAAAUUUAUUUUGAUAAAAUUGAUUCAACAAGUUCAAGUGAUCAAAGAAAACUAAUUGCAAUUGGUCUUUCAAAUCUUUUGGCAAUUCCAAGAGAAGAGGUUUAUCCACAAAUUGGUGAAAUCAUUACAAAUGUAGUUGGUAUAAGAGCUGAUAUCUCUGAUAUCACACAUGAUGAUAUCUAUUGCAAUGAUGGAGAUGAAGUUAGUGGCGUUCAAAUUCAAUCCGAUCAUAUCUUUCAAGUUGAUCCACUUACUACUAUUGAUCUCUCAACUUAUUUAUAUCAAAAGAUUCAAGAAUGUUCAAAUCUAUUUGGUACUGAAAAUUUCCAAAAAGCAAUUGUAAAUGUUCAUCCUUCAAUUUUAUCAUUAGCAAUUCCUCCAAAAAAUUAA